AACAUCAGUAUUAGCAGUUAUAACCGAGGAUUCUGACCCUCAGAGAUCAAAAGAGAGAAGUGCGUUUUUUUGCCCAAAUGGAAAAUCUAGUUCUCAGCAUCAUGAGUAAUUCCAGAAUUGCUACAAGUUUUAAAAAGUUCCCUAUAAUUUGACAACUUCCCAUUUUCUCUUUCAGACAUUUUGUUGUACUUUAAGCAAUAGGCACAUUGUCUGCUUGUCAUCUUUAUAGUCCCAUGCAGGAAAUAAUCAGUGUGUGGGUCCGGGAUCCUCGCAUUCAAAAGGAGGAUUUCUGGCAUGCAUAUAUGGAUUAUGAAAUCUGCAUACAUACGAACAGCUUGGCCUUUAAUAAGAAGAAUUCUUGUGUACGAAGGAGGUACAGCGAGUUUGUGUGGUUGAGGCAGAAGCUGCAGAAGAAUGCCUUGCUUGUAGUGAAUCUACCUGAGCUUCCUCCCAAAAACCCCUUCUUCAGCCUCAACAAUGCCAGUCAGAUUAGUGCUCGCAUGGAAGGACUAAGGCACUUCCUGGAAGAGAUUGUUCGCAACCCAGUGUUGCUGUCUGAUAGCUGUCUGCACCUCUUUCUGCAAUCUCAACUUAGCAUAAGGAAGAUUAAGGACUGUGCUGAGGGCAGGAGCCACUAUACUGUCACUGAGGCAAUUCAGAACUUUGGUUCAAAGACACAACGUUUUGGCUCUGAAAAGAACUUACAAGAGGAAAGAGAAACUGACUCAGAUUAAUUGGAUUUUGGCAUAUUUAUUUUGCUCAUACAGCGUGAUGAAUCUCUGUAAAAACAUUUAAUCAUAGUGUAUUUGUUGCAGGAUCCAGAAUUUAAGCCAAUUUGGGUUAAAGCUAAAAUGGGAUGAAUGCGCAUGUAAAAGUGUAACUGCUAACUGAUUCAUCGAAGCUGGUCCUUCUCUUUCCUUUUUGUGCUGUGAAUAUGUACUAUAUAUAUAAUAUUUAUCUUUAUUAGUUGAUAAUAAAGCCUUAUUGGACUGAAUUUGUGAGAAAACA